AUGCCUUCAACACUGCACUUCGCCCUCCUCCUAGCAGGCACCAUUGCCUCUACCAAAGCACAAUCCGACCCUUACGCCUACAUAGACUCAGUCUGCAGUCCCAGCAACGCAAGCGGCUUCCCAGACCUCGCGUUUCCCUGCAACGCCGUGCAAGCCAUCCAAGCACAAUGCAUCUACGGUCCCUCCGGUCUCGACAUCAUCACAGGGGCAGAGGCGGAGCCAACAUCCACUCCUCAAACACAACAACACGAGGAAAGCCCUCCCCGCGCACAAAACAACGCGACGCAACAAAUCUGCUUCUGCAAAUCACAAUUCUGGGAUCUCACGACCGCUUGUGCAUCUUGUUAUUCCGCUCAUGGGGAUCACGAAUUGGAGAAAUCGGCGGGGAAGGAUGCGGUGGAAAGCAUGAGUAGGAGGUACUGUGAUGCGAGCGCCGAGCCAACUUUGGGGCUUGCGGACUUUUUGUUUCAAUUUGCUGGAGAGCUGGACUCUUCAGAUGAUACUUCUUCGAAUAAGACAACGGAGUUCAAGGAUCCGAUCGGGAGUAAAACGGAUGUUAGCUUGUAUUAUACUGCAAGUGUUACUGGGAGCCAGGCGUGGGUUGUAGCGGAUCCGACUGCCACGAGUGGUGUUGUAAAGGAUGGUCAACUUGUGGCGACGGCGAGCAUGAACAAUGAAAUGGCCAAGAAGGGUGAUGCUGGGAGGAAGACGGGUGUGGUCGCGGCGGUCUUGGGGUUGACUGGCAUUGCAGCGUUGCUUAUGGUUUAA